ACUCACCCGCACGGGGCCCCACCGGGCGGGGCGGCGCCUGGCCGGGCUGCCGCCAAGUGGCCACCGUCACCGUCUCGCGCCCCCGUCCACGCCCCGCCUCGCCUUCCCUUCCGAUAUCUCUUCGUCUCGCCGCCGCCGCGCGCGCACUCUCGUGUCCCAGCAGUCCGUCCAAUCCCUGGCUUCACUACCACUUGUCUCUUGGCUCCGCGAUGGCGGUGGGUUGCUUCAACCCCGUGCUCUCGCCGCUCGUUCCUUCGCCGCCGGGUAGGCGCGUCCGAGCGGCGCUGCGGUCUCAGUCUCACCAGCCGACCGCGGUCUCCCUCCGGCUGCUCCCGUGCGGCGUGGCAGCUGGUCGUGGCACGCGGCGGCUCGUGGCGGCGGCGGCGGCAGAGUCGCAGGCCGUGCAGGAGCAGCCGGCGCGGACGGAAGAGUCCGGUGAGGCCGGCGGGGCGGGUGCCGCCGAGGCGUCCUCCAAGCUCGUUCUGGUCGUUGGCGGAACCGGCGGCGUUGGGCAGUUGGUUGUAGCAUCGUUGCUAAGCAGGAACAUCAAGUCAAGAUUGCUCCUAAGAGAUCCAGAAAAGGCAUCGUCCCUAUUUGGCAAGCAGGAUGACAGUGUACUGCAGGUUUACAAAGCGGACACAAGAAACUCUAACGAUUUGGAUCCACAAAUGUUUGAGGGAGUUACGCAUGUGAUAUGUUGUACUGGAACUACAGCAUUUCCAUCUAAACGCUGGGAUGGAGAUAAUACUCCAGAACGUGUAGAUUGGGAUGGCAUCAGAAAUCUUGUAAGUGCCUUGCCACAGACAAUCAAGAGACUGGUUCUUGUGUCAUCUGUUGGUGUUACAAAAUACAAUGAGAUACCAUGGAGCAUCAUGAAUCUCUUUGGUGUGCUCAAGUACAAGAAGAUGGGAGAAGACUUCGUCCGCAAUUCAGGGAUACCAUUCACCAUUAUCAGGCCUGGAAGAUUGACAGAUGGGCCCUACACUUCGUAUGAUCUUAAUACACUUCUUAAAGCUACAGCUGGAGAGCGUCGAGCAGUAGUCAUAGGCAAAGGUGACAAGCUUGUGGGGGAAGUUAGCAGACUUGUGGUGGCAGAAGCUUGUAUCCAAGCUUUAGAUAUUGAAUCCACUGAAGGACAAAUAUAUGAGAUUAAUUCAGUGAAGGGUGAAGGACCAGGGACUGACCCAGAGAAAUGGGAGGAGCUAUUCAGAUCUGUUCAAUGAGACUAGUGUCAUUCUGCCAAGCUUAGUGACAUAAUGUACAUCAUAAUGUAAUGUAAUCCAUAGAGACAGCAUAAUCCAAUAGUCAUUGAACAGUAGCAAUCAUGUACAGAGAUUUAGGUACCACUUGCGAAAAAGAAUGUUUGGUUUGUGUACAUAAUAUGAGCAUUCUGAUAUUGCAAUUACCUCCGGAAAGUGGUAUAUUUGUUUGAAAGUAAAUGUUCGCCAUCUGAAAGUAAA